GUGGUAGCUUCCAGAUUCACGCCAUCUUGUCCAAGCUUCUCUGACAUGUGCAUGUAAAUUAUCUGAGCGAGUGCACUGAUUUCACGCCAUUCUUUAGGCCGCGUCUCUUGCUUCUCUCUCCUCUUUUCAUUUGACAAAGGCCGUCCAUUUUCCUCCCUCUCGCAAAAUCUUACUUUCUCAUUAAUUCUAGGAAUUUUGUACUAACAACAUACAUAACUUCCUAACCGUAUUAGAAUAACUGAACCAGCAGCUAAUCUCCGUCUUCUUUCGUUAUACCUCCUCUCCUCAACUCUCUUCGUCUCUGCAGAAGCUGAGGAGAAAUGAACUAGGAACGCUAAAUUCCAUUUUUUUUCAAUCAUAAGGUUAGAUUUUCGAUUAUUGAUUGAAAAGAGUUGAAAAAAAGAUGGCCACAGGAAAAUAUACUCGAAUCGAUGCCAGAAGGCAACCAACAAAUUACUGCACAACAGUGACAGUUGUGGUGUUUGUGGCUCUCUGCUUUGUUGGGGUAUGGAUGAUGACAUCUUCAUCAAUAGUUCCUGGUCAAAGUGUAGAUGUUCCUGCUCAAGAGAACAAUAAUGAAGUAAAGGAGCAAGUGACUGAGAGCAAGGAAAGCAACACUAAACAAUUUGAGGAUAGCCCAGGUGAUUUGCCUGAGGAUGAGACAAAAGGAGACAACAACGUAAGUCAAUCUCAGGGAGAAAACAAUUCUAGGACUCAAGAAACUCAGGAGAUAAAUCCGGAACAGAAGAUUGAAGAGAAGCAAGGAGAGAACACUGAGGAAAAGCAAGAUGAAGUGAAUAAGACUAAUGAUGGCUCGAAUUCUGAGAUGCAAAAUGAAGAAAGUAAGGCAGAAGAUGAGGAUUCGAAAACCCGAGAUGGAGAAACGAAUUCAGAAGAUGGAGGGGCAAAGUCUGCCGAUCCUGAAAGUAGUGUGGCUGGACAACCUCAAGAGAAUUCACUAGCAAACAAACCUGAAUUGGAAGAGAAUGAGAAGAAACCAGCUAUUGAUGAGGCGGAGACAAAAGUGGAUGAGAAUUCUGGUGGAACAGAGAAGAAAUCUGAUAAUGAUGAUACAGAGACAAAAUCAGAUGAGAUUUCUGGUGAUACAAAUGAUGGAAAAACCGGGAAUGGUCUGAUGGAUGAGAAUGCUGAUAUAAAAGAGAAAAAGGAGUUAGAGAAAACCACUGAUGAGCAAGCCAACAACCAGGGUUCUGGUGAGGUAUUUCCCUCGGGGGCUCAGUCAGAGCUUUUGAAUGAAACCACUACUCAGAGUGGGUCAUGGUCAACUCAGGCAGCAGAGUCAAAGAAUGAGAAGGAAGUUCAACAAUCUUCUAGUCAACAAAACACAUACAACUGGAAAGUGUGCAAUGUUACUGCUGGGCCUGAUUACAUCCCAUGUCUUGACAAUUUGCAAGCAAUUAGGAGUCUUCGAAGUACUAAGCACUAUGAACAUCGAGAAAGGCAUUGUCCUGAAGAACCUCCAACUUGCCUGGUUCCACUUCCUGAAGGAUAUAAACGCCCAAUUGAGUGGCCUAAAAGCAGGGAAAAGAUAUGGUACUAUAAUGUUCCCCACACCAAACUUGCACAACUUAAAGGGCAUCAAAACUGGGUGAAAGUUACUGGUGAAUACCUCACUUUCCCGGGUGGUGGAACCCAGUUUAAGCAUGGUGCUUUACAUUACAUUGACUUCAUAAAUGAGACUUUGCCUGACAUUGCGUGGGGAAAACGCUCCCGUGUGAUUUUGGAUGUUGGAUGUGGUGUUGCUAGCUUUGGAGGCUUUCUUUUUGACAGGGAUGUCCUUGCAAUGUCAUUUGCCCCCAAAGAUGAACAUGAAGCCCAGGUGCAAUUUGCUCUUGAAAGAGGGAUUCCUGCUAUAUCAGCUGUGAUGGGCACACAGAGACUUCCUUUUCCAGCCAGAGUUUUUGAUAUUGUCCAUUGUGCUCGAUGUAGGGUUCCAUGGCAUAUUGAAGGGGGUAAACUUCUUUUGGAGUUGAAUCGUGUUCUGCGACCUGGUGGUUUCUUUGUAUGGUCUGCUACUCCAGUAUAUCAGAAGCUUGCUGAAGAUGUUGAAAUUUGGAAAGCUAUGUCUGAGCUAACCAAAAAUAUGUGCUGGGAACUUGUUUCCAAGACAAAGGAUACUGUUAAUGGUGUUGGUAUAGCUAUGUACAGGAAGCCUAGUUCCAAUGACUGCUAUGAGAAAAGAUCACAACAAAUGCCUCCACUCUGUGAAGACUCUGAUGAUCCUAAUGCAGCCUGGAAUGUGCCACUGCAAGCAUGUAUGCACAGAGUUCCUGUGGAUUCAGUAGAACGUGGAUCUCAAUGGCCAGAGCAGUGGCCAGUCAGGUUGGAGAAAGCACCUUACUGGUUGCUGAGUUCCAAAGUUGGAGUUUACGGUAAACCAGAACCGAAGGAUUUCACUUAUGACUAUGAGCACUGGAAGCGGGUGGUGUCCAAGUCCUAUCUAAAUGGAAUUGGAAUAAAAUGGCAAUCUGUGAGGAAUGUUAUGGACAUGAGAUCUAUCUAUGGAGGGUUUGCUGCAGCUCUAAGGGAUCUGAAUGUGUGGGUCAUGAAUGUGGUCCCUAUAGACUCCCCAGAUACUCUACCAAUAAUUUAUGAGCGUGGUCUUUUUGGUAUUUACCAUGAUUGGUGUGAAUCAUUUAACACCUAUCCUAGAUCUUACGAUCUUCUCCAUGCAGAUCAUCUCUUCUCAAAGAUUAAAAAGAGGUGCAAUCUAGUGGCUGUAGUUGUGGAGGUUGAUCGGAUACUUCGGCCAGAAGGAAAGCUAAUUGUCCGAGACAAUGUUGAGACUAUUAGCGAACUAGAGAGCAUCCUAAGAUCUAUGCAUUGGGAGGUCCGUAUGACCUACUCGAAGGACAAGGAGGGAUUGCUUUAUGUAGAGAAAUCCAUAUGGCGACCGAAAGAGUUUGAGACUAUCACAUAUGCCAUUGCUGCUUGAGCAUCAUUCCUAUGGUUGCUGUCUUUCACUGUUGAGGCAUUGUUUUUGGUGGGAUUAGGUAAUUUCUUUUGUUCUGGUUGCUAAUUGCAGAACUGGAUUAACUUUAUCUCCAGGUUAGCUGAUGUACUAUGUUAAUUCAUCCCCUUCAUUGUGUAAUGUUUUUCAUUUGAUUUUAGUUUUGAUUCCAUCACAAGAUUGUAGUCAUCAGAUUUUAGUUUAAUGUCUCAUCACCUGUUAUUCAUUGAAGGCAAAGAAAAGAAAAGAAAAGGAAAAAAAAUAUUCUUGCAGUGUAAAACGUCCAUCCUUGGUAAGUUGGACGAACAUCAUAUAUAUAUAUAUAUAUAUAUAUGUAUUUAUUGUUUAAGAUUUUGGAAUUUAUCACA